AGUUCAUAACUAAACCUCUACCCACACUUAUCGGUCUGGUGCAGCUCUAUAAUGGCGCCUUCCUCUGUAUUUCAGCUCCACAAUUCCCUAUCACCGAGAUUUCCCGCUAAACCCAGUUCUCAUCUCCUCCUUCUGACUCCUAAAAACCCUAAUUCUACCCUCUCCUUCUCUCUUAGCCGCACCCAUCGGACCCUUUCCUCUUUAGUAGGUCGCCGUAUUUCUUCUAGAGCAUCUUCUAAUCUCGGGUAUGAUUAUCCUGCCACUGAAGAUGGUGAAGAAGAGCAAGAUUCCACUCUCCGAGAGCUUUGUCAAGGCCAGGUACCCGACCAUAUCAUUCACAGGAUGGAGGAAGUAGGAUUUAUCAUUCCAACUGAUGUACAAAGAAAAGGGUUGCCAAUUCUUCUUUCUGGGAGGGAUUGCAUACUUCAUGCUCAGACAGGUUCUGGAAAGACCUUGGCCUACUUGCUUUCCAUAUUUUCGGCAGUGGACCCUCAGAGAUCCACUGUGCAAGCACUCAUAGUUGUCCCAACCAGGGAACUCGGUAUGCAAGUUACGAAGGUUGCUCGUAUGCUGGCUGUAAAAAGUACCGAAGAGGAGAAUGAUGAAUGCUCUGUAAUGGCUCUUCUAGAUGGAGGCAUGUUGAAAAGACAAAGGAGCUGGCUAAAGGCAGAGCCUCCUACAAUUGUGGUCGCAACAAUGGGAAGUUUGAAUCAAAUGGUUGAGAAGCACCUUCUUAAGCUAGAAGCACUUCGAGUGCUUGUGAUUGACGAGGUUGACUCGAUGUUUGGUCAUUCAACUCAAGUAGGUUUGCUCCGAAAGCUUUUGACGUCAUACACAUCACCAGUGAACAAGACAAGGCAAACAAUUUUGGCGAGUGCUUCAAUUCCUCAGCACAAUAGAUUUUUGUAUGACUGUGUUCAGCAGAAGUGGACCAAGGCUGAUGUAAUUCAUAUUAAUGUAAAUCCAGUUCAGCCAAUGCCAUCUCAACUAUAUCACAGAUUUGUGGUAUGUGGUAAAGAAGAAAGGUGUCAGAUCUUGUUAUCCUUAUUGCAGGCAGAUGUACCUGGAUCGAGCAUAGUUUUUGUAAAUGAGCAGUCUGAGAAGUCCAAAAAGGCUGGACAUGAUGCCAUAACAGAUGUUCUAAUCAAUUUCUUAACGACUUCAUCUAAAUUGGAUGCCGAGAUUCUAGUUCUGGAGGAGGACAUGAACUUCAAUUCUCGGGCAGCUUCAUUAACUGAGUUGAGACAAGAAAAGAAUUUCCUCCUUCUGGCAACUGAUCUAGCAGCAAGAGGAGUUGACCUACCAGAGACAACCCAUAUAUACAACUUCGAUCUUCCAAGAACCGCAGUUGAUUAUCUUCAUCGAGCUGGAAGGACCGGGAGACGACCAUUUUCAAAAGAAAGAUGUACUGUUACUACCUUUAUUUCGAAAGAAGAAAGGUUUGUCUUACAGAGAUAUGAAAAUGAAUUGCGGUUUGAUUGUGCACAAUUGCCUUCAUAAGUUCAUAUUAAUUCAAUACUAAUUUCUUCCUUCA